CUAUUGAAAAUCUGAUUACAGAAAUAUUUAACUAUGAACUUUAUAGUAAUGAAGCUGUAAAAAUUAUUUGUCAUUCAAAGCGAGUGUUAACAGACUUUCGCAAUAAAUUAAAUAAAGGAAUAGUCUCAUUA